AUGUCUAACGAAGAAUAUGAUCAUCUUUAUAAGAUAAUUUUAGUUGGGGAUGCAACUGUGGGCAAAACUCAUUUAUUAUCGAGAUAUAUAAGGGGAUCUCUUCCCAGUGUUGCAAAGGCGACAAUUGGUGUCGAAUUUGCCACAAGAACUAUUCCAUUGGCCGUAGGUGGAACGGUGAAGGCACAGAUAUGGGACACGGCAGGACAAGAAAGGUAUAGAAGCAUAACGAGCGCUCAUUACAGGAGAAGUGCAGGAGCCAUAUUAGUAUACGACGUAACAAAGAGAAAAACGUUUCUUAGUAUUUCUAAAUGGCUAGAAGAGAUUCGUCAGAAUGCUGACAAAGACAUUGUCAUUAUGUUAGUGGGGAACAAGGUUGAUCUGGUAGAUCAAGAUGAAAGUAGGAGAAAGGUAACAUAUGAACAAGGAGCAAGCUUUGCCAGGGAUAACGAUUUAUUUUUUGCAGAAGCUUCUGCUGUGUCCAAGUUGAAUGUAAAACAUGUAUUCGAAAAUUUGUUGCAAGAGAUAUAUAACAACAGAAUGAAAAAUAACAACGGAACUUUUAGCACUCGUAGUAGUGCCACUUGCGAAAGUGCUAUUCAGUUAACGAAGGCGAAAAGUAUAAUAAAGUUAAAUGAUUUAAAUGAUAAUGGUGAUGAAUCAGAACACAGAAACAGGCCUACGUGUUGUUAA